AUGCCGAAAGUAGUUUCAAGGAGUAUCGUUUGUUCAGAUACAAAAGAUCAAGAGGAAUACAAUGAGACGAAACCUUUGCAUAUUUAUUAUUGUUUAUGUGGACAAAUGUCGCUGAUCUUGGAUUGUACCUUAGAUAGACUACCACUUAGGCCGACUGAUGGAGCGAGAGUUAUCGAUGGCUCAAAACACGCUCACAAAAUAACUUCUGAUCCAGAUGAAACUGUGUACUUAAAAAGAGAAAAAGGUAUUGAAAGGCAAUACAGGUUAAAAUGUAAAAAGUGUGCUAUUCCUAUAUACUAUAAACAUGAUCAAGACAGCAAUGUAGUGUUUAUAUUAGAUGGUGCGCUGGUACAAACUGUUGGUGAAGUAACUGACAUUUAUAAGCAAGUAGCGCUGGUUCAACCUAAGAAAAUCAUGGUCACAAAACAUACUAAGAAUAUGGGCAAAUUUAGUUCAGUAACAGUUUCCACUAUAGAUGAAGAGGAAGACGAGAUUGAAGCAAGAGAAGUAGCUGACAGUUAUGCCAAUAAUGCCAGAAUUAUCGAGAAGCAAUUGGAGAGAAAAGGCAUGAAUAAAAGGCAAGCAGAGAUGCCUUCACAGGGUUCUGGUGAAAAAAGAGUUAAAGGGACUUUGAUUGAUAAGUAA